GGUGGUGGUGGUAGUGGUGGGGAAGAUGUUCGCCUCGGUGGGCCCUCGGGGCGGCCCGCGCCCACCCGUCGCCCCGGCCAUCCCGGAGCCGGACCUGAGCCAUCUGACGGAGGAAGAGAGGAAGAUCAUCAUGGCUGUGCUGGCUCGGCAACGGGAGGAGGAGGCGAAGGAGGAGGCCAUGUUAAAAGAAGAGAAGCCUAUCCAAGCAAGAACGGUGAACCUUGUUGGGCAGAAGAAACCUCCGCAGCAAAAUGACGUCCGAGGUAUCCAGCAGCAGUUGUCCAGCUACAGGGAGACGGUGAUCCGGCAGGCCUCGGUGGCAGCGGGUUCGGCCGUUCACCGGGACGAUGCGCCGACCUGCGGCAUCUGCCACAAGACCAAGUUCGCAGACGGCUGUGGGAACCUGUGCUCGUACUGCCAGACCAAGUUCUGCGCCCGCUGUGGGGGGCGAGUGUCCCUGCGGUCCAACACGGUGAUCUGGGUGUGUAAUAACUGCCGGAAGCAGCAGGAGAUCCUGACUAAGCCAGGCGAGUGGUUCACUGGUCCGGCUGGGAAACUCGGUUCGGCCGUCAGCGAGCCGUCUGUGUGCCAAACACUCGGUGACAAGAAGCUCCGAUCUCGAUCCCAAGCACCUCCAGGGUCCACCACCGUAAUCCAAGACCCCAACCGACCCGGCGCACCUGGUAACGCACCUGGAACGGACUCCCGGUCACGUAGCGAACCACCACGAGACACGAGAAAUGGAAGGGGAGGCGGAGGAGCUGGUCGAGGAGAGCGCCGGCCAGGUCAGCCCAGACUGCAGACUCAGGUCUCCAUGGACCGGGACCUCCGGGGGGAGUCCAGGGAGCGCAGGGAGAGCCGGCGGCUGACAAAGGGACGCUCUCUGGAGCAUGAUCCUGUGGGAGGAGGUGGUGGAGUAAGACGGACAGAAGAGGGGGGCUACCACCACAUGGACCACAGCGGAGGCCCCCCUCGCCAAGCAGGGCCGGUCCCUCCUGGAGGCCGGGGCCACCCUGUGCCUGCGCAGGGUCGUGGCAUGGGAGUAGCGGGGGAGGUCGGGGAUGGCGUGCGACCCGGUCAGAGGACGGUGGGUGGGGUUGGUGGGCCACAUGAACACGCCCUCGCUCAGCAGCCCCCUCCCCCUGAACUCAGAGAACCUCCCGGUUCGGGCCCUGGCUCGACCCCCGGCCAGGGACCCGUUGUGAGACGGACCAAACGGGAGAAGGCUGAGAGCAUGCUGCGCAAUGACUCGCUAAGCUCUGACCAAUCGGAAUCACUGCGUCCGCCGCCGCCGAGGCCCUACAAGUCGAAGCGAGGGCUGGGGGCUGGUGGGAAGAGGCAAACCAGCGUCAGCAGUUCAGAGGAGGAGGGAGGGACCACACCGGAGUACAGCAGCUGUGAGGACGCCGAGAUCGAAAGUGUCAGCGAGAGAGGCGACUGGGAGUGCUACCCACAUGACCCCACUGUAUGGCAUCAUCCUGUAACCUGGCAGCCGUCCAAAGAGGGAGACCAUCUGAUUGGACGAAUCACCCUCAGCAAGAGGAGUGCCACCAUGCCUAAAGAAGCUGGAGCUCUGCUGGGGUUAAAGGUGGUGGGAGGCAGAAUAACAGAGUCAGGGAGAUUAGGUGCCUUCAUCACUAAAGUCAAGAAAGGAAGCCUGGCUGACGUGGUGGGACAUCUCAGAGCAGGGGAUGAAGUCUUACAGUGGAAUGGGAAGCUGUUACCGGGGGCGACCAUGAAGGAAGUUUACAACAUCAUCCUGGAAUCUCAAGCUGAGCCUCAAGUGGAGCUGGUGGUAUCCAGGCCUAUUGGGGUGUAUAGAAAAUAUCAUGAUAUCCCAAGAAUCCCCGACACGUCCCACCCUCCAUUAGAAUCUACAGGUUCCAGUUCUUUUGAGUCCCAGAAGAUGGAGAGACCAUCCUUAAAUGUCCUGUCUCCCUCCAGUCCUGGGAUGCUUCAGGAUGCUCCACAGUUAAUGCCAGGGCAACUCUCAGUGAAGCUUUGGUAUGACAAAGUGGGUCAUCAGCUAAUAGUCAACGUGCUGCAGGCUGCAGAGCUUCCUCUUCGGCCCGACGGGCGGCCCAGGAGCCCCUACGUCAAAAUGUACUUCCUCCCUGACCGCAGCGACAAGAGCAAACGAAGGACGAAAACAAUGAAGAAGACCUGCGAGCCCAAGUGGAACCAGACGUUUGUCUACUCGCACGUCCAUCGCAGGGAUUUCCGCAACCACAUGCUGGAGCUGACGAUAUGGGACCAGCCCAGGUCACCAGAGGAGGACAGCACCUUUAUGGGAGAGAUCCUGAUAGAGCUGGAGACGGCCUUACUGGACGACAAGCCUCACUGGUACCCACUUCAAACCCAUGAUGUCUCAUCCAUCCCGCUGCCCCGACCCUCCCCGUACCUCCCCCGACGACACACAGACGCCCCUGGCAAGAAGCUGCAGCCAGAUGGACGUGGCAGAGAAAGGCAACGGGAGUCCGGGUCUACCCUGGAGGUGCCGGACCAGCAGAGGACGCCCGCCCAUCACAUACGUUCUCGUUCGGUGUCUCCGCACCGUGAAGAGCAGGGACGAAUCCGGUCACGGCCAGCCAACGUUCCCGCCCAGAGGAGUCUGGAUGAUGAGCUUCCUUACACUCGUCGAUCUCGCUCUCCGACCCGUUACGACGCUGCCAGAGGUCGCCACCAGGAGGAGUACCUGGAUGACAGUGAGGUCAUCAUGAUCCACCAGUCAAUGCGAGGCAAAAGUGCUGAGUGCCUCCACACCAGUGAUCUGCAGCCUUCUCUGGACAGGGUUAGGAGCGCUAGUGCCAACUGUCUGAUUCCAGACAAUCAUGUCCCCUCACCAGAGACUGAAAGAAAAUCUUUGUCCCAUUCCCUGCCCCGGAGACGUCCGGCAAGUCCCAGGAUUCUUAUCCAACAUGCUUCCCCUGAAGAUGACAGGCAGCCGCGGACCCUGGAGACACCUGAGUGUCACACUCUUGGCAGGAAGCUCUCUGACAGAGGCAGGGGCCACCUCCAAGGUGGUGCGCCUCUUUCCUCCUCAGUGACGUCCUCCUCAGCCCGCAGAGUACGGCAACUCCCACAGCUUCCCUCCAAGAGCAGCACCGUAGAACAAGCCCUGGUAGCAGAGGAGUGUGUUCGUCAGCUCCAAAUGAGGGUUCAUUCCAAUCGGGUGUCAGCAGCCACCACCUCCAGCCAACAGGACCUGGACCGAGCCCUCAAGAACAAACGGGAGCUCUACAAGGACCAGAGGAGGAGCAGUGAGAACGUUUCCCACAAGUCCUCAGACAGUGAUGUCAGCGACGUGUCAGCCAUUUCUCGAACCAGCAGUGCCUCUCGCAUCAGUAGCACCAGCUACAUGUCCAUCCAGUCAGAGAGACCCCGGGGACGCUUCAGCAGGGCAAUGCGUGCAACGGGACGCCACAUGAUGAAGAGCACCAGCGUGAGCGGUGAGAUCUACGGCAUGGAGCACGCCGACGGCAGCCAAUCAGACACAGCGCUCGGGAGCCUGGGAAGCGGGAUCAAGAAGCGGCGCUCGAGCCUCAGCCAACGCGUUGUCGCCAUCCUGCCAUCCAGACGCAGCCGGAGUACCUCGCAACUCAGCCAGACAGAGGCGGCGGGUAAGGCGGCGGACAGACAGAAAGCAUCAGCAGGUAAGAAGGCGGGUAAAGGUGGCAGCAGCAGCAUCCAGAGAAGCGUGGAGACGGGUAUGGCGGUGGAGUACCCACGGGGAGGGUCGGCCAUGAACCGGCAGGCCAGCAGAGAGUCGACCGAUGGCAGCAUGAACAGCUACAGCUCUGAGGGGAAUCUGAUCUUCUCAGGUAUGCGUUUGGGUGCUGACAGUCAGUUCAGCGACUUCCUGGAUGGUUUAGGACCCGGUCAGUUGGUUGGCCGGCAAACACUGGCCACACCUGCCAUGGGCGAUGUUCAGAUUGGUUUGAUGGACAAGAAAGGCCAGCUGGAGGUGGAGGUGAUCAGGGCACGAGGCCUUACCCCAAAACCAGGCUCCAAAUCCCUCCCAGCUCCCUACGUCAAGGUGUACCUGCUGGAUAAUGGAACUUGUAAAGCCAAAAAGAAAACCAAGAUUGCACGAAAGACCCUGGAGCCGCUCUACCAGCAGCACCUGCUCUUUGAAGAGAGUCCCCAGGGCAAGGUGCUUCAGGUGAUAGUUUGGGGCGACUAUGGACGAUUGGACCACAAAUGUUUCAUGGGUGUAGCACAGAUCUUAUUGGAGGAGCUGGACCUCUCGAGUACAGUGAUUGGCUGGUACAAACUCUUUCCACCGUCCUCAUUGGUGGACCCUACAUUAGCUCCGCUCACGCGGCUGGCGUCUCAGACGUCAUUGGACAGCUCAGGACCGCCACCGGGCGUUCGGUCCUAGUGACCGAGUGGCGACCGCAAACCCUCCCCAAAUAUCCCUUAAAUGACAAAAUAAUGGACCACAGCUACUGGACCAGAACUGAGCAGAGGGCGAGAAUGCGUCCCGAGGACGAUGAAGACGACGAGCCCUCGGUCAAACAAUGAAAAGCCAGAUGGAGCGACAGGGAACGAGAGCGAGAAAGAGAGAGAGGGAGAGACAGAACUAGCCAAUCAAAGCUUAGCUGGAGUCUGACAAUCACGUCUCACACCUUCCCUCUUCCUCGUCCGUAUGCCGUUUUGUUUUCAAAGUUUUGCUUUCUUUGUUUUCUCCUCUGAGCUGCAGCAGUGGAGCUUUCUGUCCAACAUUCUUCACUCACUACUGUUGAUAUUUCUUUCUUUCUCCUUACUUCCUUGUGCAGCCCUGAUCAAAGUGGAGUCCUCCACUGGUAGCCCUCCAGCCAAUCAGAGUAGAGCUUGCUGCUAAGCCACAGGGAUGAGUGUGAGGGAGUUAGUGAGUAGCAAACUGAGGCGGCUUCAUUUAGCUGGAUCAUAGACUGUAUAUUAAGAUUGACGACGUGUGCCCAUCAAGCCCACAGGAAGUGCUCCAGGCUCUGAUGCAAAUUUUAUAUAGUGGCCAAAAGUGGAAAAACACCGCCUGGGUCGGUCACAUGAUGCAUGCAGGCCUAGAAAGACUUUUCCCCAUUGACUUACAUCGAGGAAGAGACAUCUGUAAAUCAGAGGGGCCUUUUUUUGUGAGUGUAAAAACCCCAAAAACGACUCAUUGCACUUUCGUUUUCAUUCCCGCAUAAAACAAAUGCCAACAAGCAACCGAGUGACUUUUUUAAUUUUGGACGGGAGAGAGUCACUACUCCAUCCAGUUCGAUAACAUCUGGAAAGUCUAAAAGAGUUUUAGACUAAAGUUUUAGACUGCCAGCGUAAAAUUACCCGCUGCGGUACACUCAGCCGCCAUAAAUCUCUAGUGCACAUUCCUCAUGGGCCCAUAGAGCCAGAUAUUCUAUAUCCCUGAAAAAAGAGCUUUUUUCAUUUUAUGCCCCAAUGAGAAGCUCUCAUAGGAAUGAACGGGCCCUGCCUCCAUGCCCAUCUCCAAACUUUUUUAAUUCAUCCAUGAUGCCCAUUCACUCCCGCUCCCCUAAGUAAAGCCAAAAUAUCUGGGAUACGGCUGCUGCAAUCUUGCGCUGGUGACGUCAUUCUGAGCCAGAUUCUGCGCAGUAGCAAUCUCUGUGGUGGAGGAGUUACUACCAAAACACCUGUUUGAGCAAUCGCGAGCUGCACCAUUGAAUGCAAGCGCACAGAUUGAAAAUCCCCUUUUUAUAGCAUUAAAUCAUUAAAACCAAACUGAUCAAAAAAUGAUCACUUGAACAAACAUCUGGGUGAUAAGAACUAUCUUCAAUGAUAGAAACUAUCUUUAGGGAAAAUUUAUAUGGAGUGUACUUUAAGUUUUUAGUUUGGCCUUUGUGCCAUUCACUAACAUGGAGGGGCUUUAUGACCUAUACUGCAGCCAGACACCAGGGGGCGAUCCAGAUGUUUAAGCUUCACUUUGUGGCAGCUCUCAUGUCGUCCAUCUUUUUAUACAGUCUAUGCGCCAUCACAUAGAGGUCAGCUGUUGUUUCUGUUACCAUGGUGACAGCGUGGUCGUAAAUUAGCACGAGGGGCAGCGGUUUGGCACGGUUUGGUGACCUCACUGGAUGAAGGGAGCCUGCACACGCACGUGCACAUUAUUAGCCUUGUUGUGUGAAAGCAAGCACAAAGAAAGCUUGACUCAGAGAUAAAAAUGAAAGUUUUGCUCUUCGUCUUAACAAAAAAGAAGGAAAAUAAAGGCCAAAUUGAGUAUUUGCUAUUUUUAAAAAAUAUUUCGGAAUCAUUUUUUUUCGUCUUUGUUUUGCCUAGAGUUCAGAAUGGUACCAUAAGGUGCAGACUCCCUCUGUGUAUGUGUACGUUUGGUUUUCGAGCGACACUGUGCCAAAGGCCGAUAACAAAAGGUCAGGUCACAUUCGCCCGAACACCCUUUGCCCACCCCACCCCCCUGGUCUCCUCCCCUUCCCGACCCCCUCAAACUCCCCCUGUAGGAGGGAGCAGCAUGACUCGGGGACACCCCGGCCCCAAGCUGCAUGCACGUUUCUUUUGUUCCGUUUGUUUCGUUUUUUUGUUUUGUUCUCUACU